CCAAGUCCACGGCUACCAAGCAGCUGGAUUAACAAACAGAGGUGAGGACAGAUGGUUGGAACACGGGACUGCGUUCCUCACAUCGGGAGAACAAAUGUGCCGAGCAUCUUCCUUCCCUGAGGCCAAGGGUCCUGCAUGGCAGGCGCUGAGCGGGGCCACCCUGGCCGAAUGCUUCUUCAUGGCGAGCCCGUCGCCGGCGGCAGCUCCCCGCCGCCCCGCGCCUACAUCCUGGCGCCGCCGGAGCCCUCCUCGGCGGCGCUCCCGGCUCGGCUCCCGGCCCGCCGCCCUCUGCCGCAGCACCGGGCGGCGGGGGCUGGGGCUCGCCCGCCCGCCCGCUGGCGCUCGGGGCUGCUGCAAACCCGACGUCAGCGGCACGGCCCCCCCCGCCCGCCCCCAGGGCUCCCGGGGCCGCCCCCCGGGUCGGGGCGGGGGAGGCGCCCGCACGCCGCGGCGAGAGGCGCUGCGGAGCCCCCGGACGGCGCCGGCCCGCGGUCCGGCUCCGGCGGAGGUGCGGGGACCGGGACCGUAAUGCGGCUGCGGACACCGCUCCCGCUGCCGCCGGUGCGCCAGCGCUCCCCGGAGCGAGCCGCGCUCCCGGCCCCGGCCGCACGGAAAGGCUCCCGGCUCAUCACGCUCUGCACGGUCCCCUUCGCACUGUCUGCGGGAAAAGGAGAAUUCACACUCUCCGAACCAAUUCUUUAUUGACUCACUAUCAUCCCUCCUUUGUGUGCCUUCAAGUCCAGCCACUAUUCUGGGUCAAUUUUCAUCCUUGCCUUUAGUAAUUUCUGCCAUCCUCGCCACAGCCUUUCUGUUGCUGGUAUAUCCUUUUGGAGGGAGACCAAAACUCGACACAGCAGCCAAGAUGAGACACUGCAUGGAUUUGCCAAUAUUACUCCAAUACCUGCAGUCACAUACUCUACAGCUUUCUUAACACAGUUUAACAACUUCUUUUCAAGGCACAAAAUGAUGUCCAUAUCUACACACAUUAAAUAAAAUGUCAUGCGUCACAAUUGGA